CGCACACACGCACACACACACACACACACAGGCAAGGACUACCCAGCCUCAAUGCCCGGGCUCAGAGAGACACCAACACCUCUACUGGAACUCUACUGGCUUUUCUCUCACUGAGGUGGACAAACUCUCAGCACAAUGGGAUCCAGUUUCGCCUGCCUACUGCCUGUAAUGUUGAGCGAACGCAGGAACCAACGCCAGAACCAGCAGUGACGUUCACUCCAAGCUAUAAGAAAACACCUCCUCCGGUUCCUCCACGCAGCAUAAUAAAGCCGGUGAUCUCGGUCACAGCUCAGAGCAGCACAGAGUCCAUGCAGGAUGCAUAUCAAGAAGGCCGUUUACCCCGCUUGCCCCGCAGCAGGGAUGUCUGGGGGAAAUAUGUCUCCACAGAGAGCUUGGACAGCGCCAAGGCGCUCACACUGGCCACAGAGGGAAGACGGUUGGUAUCCACAGGCAGCUAUACGUCAGUGCAGACCUGUGAUAAGGCUGUGCUCGUGUCGAAAGCAGAGGAAUACCUUAAAACACCGCGUUCAUCUAUAGGAAUACAGGUGGAAGCAGUCACAGACUCAGAAGCAGAGAGUAAAGGACUGCCAAAGUAUCAGUCAGUGGGCAUCCAGGUGGAAGGCGAGAAACGCCAUGGGCGUUUUAAGCGCUCGAACAGCGUGACAGCAGCAGUGCAGGCCGAUAUAGAGCAUGAGCUGUUCCGAUCAGUGGAGGAUAAGGUAGUGCAGUUUGGCGGCUUUCAGAGGCACUCAGAGCCAAGCUCUCCUGCGCAAUACAGCGCCACACGCACCGUGCGCACACAGGGCAUCUUCACCUACCGAGAUGAUUACCGAGCCCCGAGCGGGCCACCGAGCCCACGUGCCGCAGCCUGGGUCGAGGAAACAGAAGAAGCAGAAACAGGCCAGGUGUCUUCAGUGCGUGCUGAUGGUAGCUGGUACAUGCAACUUCUGCACAAUGAGACCAAGCGCAUGGAGGCCUGGUGUAAAGAGAUGGAGCGUGAGGCUGAGGAGCACGAGCUGUCUGAAGAGAUUUUAGGAAAGAUCCGGAGUGCUGUUGGAAGUGCACAACUCCUCAUGUCACAGAAAUUUCAGCAGUUUUACUGGCUUUGUGAGCAAAACCUGGACCCGAGUGCAAUGCCCCGACCCACGGCUCAGGAUCUGGCUGGAUUCUGGGAUCUGCUGCAGCUCUCCGUCGAUGACGUCACAGCCAAGUUUGAGGAGUUGCAGAAGAUCAAGAGAAAUGAGUGGAGAACUGUGGAGGAACCAGAAGAGAAGGAGAGAAAGUGGCCUCCUCCAACGGUGAAAAGGCCGCCUAAAGGGCGUGGCGCCGGAUUGACACGUGACCGAUCUCUGGAUCUGCAGGACCGACAGAGGCAGGAGGCUCGACGCAGGCUAAUGGCCGCCAAACGAGCUGCUUCGUUUCGCCAAAGCUCAGUCUCGGAGAGGGCGGAUAGUAUAGAGAUUUAUAUACCAGAAGCCCAGACGCGACUAUGAAAUGCACGAUUACUCAUCCUGUCACCUGCACGUGCUGCUAUUACACACCCUGUCUACACAGGUUCACUCCCAAGCACCCUUAAUCACUCUUAAACACAUUCCUGAGCUCUCUAAGUGCACGUGUAAUCUUGAACAUGUUUCUCCACUGAUCCAAGAGGCUUCAUCAAUUUAUAAGUGCUCUGUCUGGUUUUCUCUGAAACUCUGUUCUCUGCAUAGUGCACUACUUUGGAAGUGUGCUAUUUUGUAGUUAUGUCUGUAUGCACAGGGGAGAAAAUCCAGUGCAUUCCAACAAUGCACUGCAAUAAGUAGUGUCUAAAUGAAUAUUAAGUAUGGGCUGCCUUUACAUACUUGUCUGAUGGUGUUAUUUCCCACAUGCAAAGUCAUUAAAAAGUCUUUGUGUUCAA